AUGGGGUAUUACAUAAUUUAUUAUACAUGUAUUGUUUUAGCGCCACGAAUACCUAGCCGAUCGAUUGUUUAUCUUGUUUCUAAUCCUACUAACAAAUACAAAAUAAAACUAAAUCAUUUCUAUUGUCGAACAUCCAAUGGUUAUACAUUCGAUAUGUCAUAUAAAUUCUUAUAUUUCUUCUUUCUAUUUCUUAUUUAUACCACUUAUGAAUGUGAUAUUUGGAAAGCAGCUGAUUGUCCACAAGGACCAUCAAAAGGUGAUGAAGAUUUAAUGAAGUCUCAUUUAUAUACGGAAGAACAAUUAACUAUUUUUUGUGAUGCAAGUAAAGAGUUCGCUGAUUGUGUCAAUGAACAUCUACUUUGUUGCGAUAUGCGUACUGAAUAUGCAGCAGCAUUAGCAUCACUCGAUGUUCAACUUAAACGUAAUGCAAUACGUGCUGGAAGAUAUUGUUCGGAAUUUAAUGAAACAAACCCCAUACAAUAUAAAUGUCGAACAACUCUACAAACAAUUCCGGGUACAAGAUAUCGUACAACAAUGAGAACAAUACCUGUGUGUAAUUUAGAAAAAGCUGGAACAAUUUGUAGUCCUAUUAUUGAAAAUCGUGUUCGUUUUGAUCGACGAUGGUCUGCACACGAAAAAACGAAAUGGUGCAGAGAUGCCUAUGAAUAUCAUAAAUGUGCACUUUCAUAUAUAACAAACUGUACAAUAACACCGGUUGCUGCCGACGUUGCUCAAAUGAAUGUCUUCUUAGAUUAUAUUGAAAAAUCUGCUAAUCGUGAAUGUCCAGGUGGUUUAUAUGGCUCGGAAAAUGAGAAAAAUACUAGUAUAAAGAAUGAUUUCAACAGUUUAUUUUUCUGUUCACCGAAGAACAACGCACACCUCGCUUGUAAUCAACUACCGAAGAAAACGCAAGAUUAUUUUCCAUUCCGUUCCGCAACUUAUCAACAAUUAAACAAUUAUUCUCAAACAGCAUCUGUAUUUAUUAAAAGACAAAUAAAUAUUUUUGAUCGGCAUCCAGGAAGAUUCUUUUUAAAAAAAACAGAGAUUAUGAAUAACCGAUCGAAUGUACAAGAAUAUUGGCGAUAUAGGGACUCUCAAAAUAAUGGAUCGACCCAAACAUCAAUUUUUGUUAAUAAAAAUAUUCAUAUACCUUCCUAUUUACAAAUAUCCAAACGAAAUGAGAAUGAAUAUUCGAGACAUAGAAGCGCUCAUUGUUCAAUAAGUAGGUCAAUAACCAGAGUUGAUAAACCUUUAAAAACUCAUUACAAGAGUCGAACUUUGGUUUACGACAAAGAGGCUAAACGUUUUCUUGUUCCUGACGAUAAAGUAUCUUGGAAUGUUGACUUUCCCGACUAUAAGCCUGUUGAAUAUACAACUACUAAAAUUCAACGAAAUCCAAAAGCUGAUUCAUCUGAUCCAUCGACAAUAACUAAAUUCAAUCAACUUGACAAUAAAAUCGAUCGACGAAGCUUUACUGGUUUCUAUUAUAUCGAUCCAAUAACUCAACGGCCUAGAAAUCCAAUAGGAAGAACUGGAAUGACUGGUCGUGGUCGUUUAUAUCAUUGGGGCCCAAAUCAUGCUGGUGAUCCAGUUGUCACACGUUGGAAACGGGAUGAAAAUGGUGCAGUAGUCUAUCGUCAGUUGAAUGCAUAUAGUUCUUUAAAACCUGUGCUUGAAUUUGUUUCUAUUAAACGACACGAUACAAAACAAUGGGCUAUACCAGGAGGUAUGGUUGAUCCAGGUGAAAAUGUUAGCGAAACUGUUAGGCGUGAAUUUCAAGAAGAAGCAGCGUCUGAUGGUAUUGAUCCGAAUAAUAUAAAAAAGUUGUUCACGAAUGGUUAUAAACUAUAUGAAUCAUAUGCUGAUGAUCCUCGAAAUACAGAUAAUGCUUGGAUGGAAACGGUAGCUAUGCAUUUUCAUGACGACACUGGCGUAUUGACAGAUAGUAUUAACUUACAUGCAGGUGAUGAUGCUGAGCAAGUUGUUUGGUGUGAAAUUCAUCGAGCACUUGAUUUAUACGCAUCUCAUAAAGAGUUUGUUAAAGCAGCUGUUGAUCGUUUGGAUGCAUUUUGGUGA